AAGCGGGCUGUGUAGGGGACUGUUCGGUCUGGGGGUUAAAUCAUGCGUAUGGUUGGAUUGUUUGGAAGGAGGGGGCGGCAAGUCACGACUCGUCCCCGGCCUGAACAUGCAGCUAACUGCAGCCUUAGCCAAUGUCAGGGCUGCUAAGCUAACUAGCUUAGCAUACUAGCUCGAAUCUGACAUACUGUAUUCUGUGGUUAAGCCAAUGUAGCAAGACAUUCUCUUCACAUGGAUGUGGCAUUCCACCGUAACAGCAAGCUGCAUGCCUGAUUUCCCAUGGGGGCGAUCACCACCAUGGACCCCGAGUCAGCCCGGCAACCCCAGGCCCCGUCCACCACGCCGCAGGGCAAGCUGAGUCAAAGCGGGGCGAUUUUUGUGCCUGGCCGAGGAGCCGUGUUUGAGCCCAGAGGGAAACAUUAUGUGUGUGGUGCUCUGGCUGCCUUUACUAACAUCAUCAUCACCUUCCCUAUCCAAAAGGUGCUGUUUCGGCAGCAGCUGCACGGCGUGUUGGCCACAGAAGCUGUGCGGCAGCUCCAGCACGAGGGCCUGCGAAACCUGUACCGUGGCCUCAUGCCUCCCCUGCUGCAGAAGACCACCACAGUGGCCAUCAUGUUUGGCCUGUAUGAGGACUUCUCCCGCCUGCUGCUUCGGUAUGCCUGUGGUAGCGGGUCACCAGAGCUGUUGACCCGCAGCGCUGCCGCAUUUCUGGCCGGCACAGCUGAAGCUGCUCUGACGCCGUUUGAGCGCGUUCAGACACUAUUGCAGGAUCACCGGCAUAACGCUCGCUUCCAGAACACGCCGCAUGCCUUCCGGACUCUGCUGAGGGAUUACGGGGUAAAGGAGUGCUACCGUGGCCUGGUGCCCGUGCUGCUGCGCAACGGGCCGAGCAACGUGCUGUUCUUCGGCCUGCGUGGACCCAUCAAGCAGCAGCUGCCUGAAGCCCAAACCAAGACGGGUCACCUACUGAACGAUUUUGUGUGUGGUGGGCUGCUGGGUGCAGCAUUGGGCAUCUUAUUCUACCCACUAAAUGUGGUAAAAUCGAGGGCCCAGGCUCAAGUGGGUGGGGAGUUUGUGUCCUGUUCGUGGGUGCUGUCCACUGUGUGGAGGGAACGGGGUGGGAGUUUGGUCUCACUGUUUCGUGGGGCCACCCUUAACUUCCAUCGAUCACUGCUGUCUUGGGGCAUCAUUAAUGCCACUUAUGAACUCUUGCUCAAAGUCAUCUGAGGAUAAAGAGAUGGUGGGAGAGGGGUGUUGGGUGUGGGUGAUGAGGAUAGCACUUGACAAAGUAGGAUUUCUCAGUUAGCCAGAUAACUUUAGCCCAAAGUGUGGUACGAGUUGUAUUAAACAUUUCGUAUUUGGACAGUCAGGAUUGACUUUAUGAGCUCAAGUUAUGUGAUUAACUGACAAAUCCUGCUUUCUGAAAAGCCCACUAUGAGCUGAACAUUUUUAUUUGCCACAGCACAGUCAAUGUUUGACAUCUUGGACACUGCCGAUCCCUUUUGUACUCAUGGACAGGUCGAACUGCACUUUGUAAGGGACCUCUGUAAUAAAUACGAGACCGCUCAGUGUUGUAUUGCCUGGAUGUUUUUUUUUUCCCUCAUAUUUGGCGAAAUAAUAUGUUCUGAUCCUUUACAUACACCUUUUAAUGUCCUUACUACUCUCAGAUCAGAAAGUGGUCUGUAAGACCUGAAAUUGGGGAUUACGAAUCAUAAUGUUACAUGACUGAACAAAGUUUAUGUCUCAGUGAAUUGUGAAGAGGUGGUCCUUUUUUUUGUUGUAUAAUGUAUCAGUACUUCAGGUGUAAAGAAACAUGAUAAGCCCACCUCUGUUCACCCCCAACAUUUUGAAAUACAGUGAUUGUAACUGAUGCAACAGGCUUAAAGUCCUAGUGAUCAAGGCACAGCAUUGCCUAUGCAAAGAAAGUAGCUUUACAAUUCGUUGGUAGAAUUCUGAGGGCCCUGACAUUUAAAACGAAGCACUGAGAACUUUUGAAAGUUUAUUAAAAACACUGUUUAUACACACAGUACCAUUACAUAGUUCUCCAGAUGCCGCCAUCUUAAAAUAAGUUAUGAUAAGUCGAUUGAUGAGCACAAAUAAAUGGAUAGGUAGUGAAAGAGCAGAUCCUUGAAAUUUUUUGCCAACUCCAGUCCAGAACUAAUGCAAGUAUUCACAUGUCUUACCAGCUGUAUUUUUGUUCAUGCUCAUCAUGUGAGUUAUCAUGACUCACUUUCAAGGUAGUGGCAUCCGGAGAACUACCUGAAGGUACUGUGUGUAUAAACAACCAUUUUACUAAACUACCUGUGCACUUUUAAAAAUCUCAGUGCCUUGUUUUUAAAUAGUUCUACCAAAGAAGUAAGUUCUUACUCGUUAUCAUGUUUCACUACACCCAAGUCCAUUUCACAAUGGAUCUCCCCUUUAAUACAAUGCACAAUUUGGUGCCUGGACCACACCAGACCAUCAUUCAGUGUCCAAUCCGUAGUGCAUUUCUUAUUUUCUUAUUGUUAAAGGCAUAAUACGUCUAAUUUUCCAUUGCACAUCAUGGAAACGUAUUUAUUUGGAAUUAGCUUCUGAGAGGAAUGGAAGAGAAUGUAUACAGCUGCAUCUUCCUCGUGGUCAGGGGGUUACAGCCAUGUGCUUGGACACAUGGCAGUUAGGAGCAGGGAUACAUAAAUCAGUCCUCAGGGACCGUCAGGCAGUCCAGAUAUGUAUUUUUUUUUUGCUCCUACUUAGGCCUCAACACAAUAUAUUUCUGUACACCCUGAGAUGAAACUUGCAUGCCUCAUUGCAUGUAUAUGUAUAUGUGCUAGUACCCCAAAAAGAGAGAUUAACACACCACAAGGAUGGAAGAAAAUGCAGGGGUUUAACCCUAAAUUACACACUACUUCCUAAGUAGUGUACUGUGCAAGUCACAAAAUUACAGAUUUUAAAUCUAAACAGAGCAGUAAAUGUCUGUGAUUAAACAGUAUUUAAUUCAUGUGCUGAAAUUUGAAAUCUAGUCUUAUAUCGUUCACUAUAUGAAGAGUAAGAAGAUAUUUGGUAUUCGGACUGGAACCUGCAUGUUUUGUGUUUACAUAAAAAUGAAUGUAGAUGGGACACCAAAACGCAGGGAAAACAUCAGUUUUUAAAAAAUAUCCCCAUAUAUCCAGACAGGGUCAUGGAGAGAAUAUUUGUACUGUCUGGGGGUGCUUGACAACUGUAUACACUGAGAAUUCUCAGUGCUAUCAUUAGAGGGUAAUGUCAGGAAGAUGGUUAGAUGUAAGGCUUGGGGAACGUAGAGAAAGCCACAAGAGGUCAAUGUUAAAACAGAAAGGAAAGUAGUGGUUGGUGAUAAUAAUGCUGAUUGUAAGUAUUAUCAGGAAUUAUAUCAUGUGGAACUUGCGAGAGAAAAUCGUACGUAUUGUGCCUUUAGCUCUUUAACUCUUGGUGUAACAGAUCAACAGCACAUCGGAGGAACAUUAGAUGUGUCGACAAGUCGGAUGUAAACACCUCUUCACUUAAUGCUUGUGAUCAGAUUAAUUGUAUGAUUGCUAGUGUGUGUGUUUUGUUUUGUAAUGACUAAAAUAUUCAUGUUACUGUAUGUGAAAAGUAAAUGAGGAACUCCUGAUUUCUUA